AUGUCGAAAGACAAGACGCUCCGCAUCUUUUGCUUCGGCGACUCGCUGACGGCGGGGUAUUCGUCUUACGGCGCCGUCUACCAUCCUUACUCCGUCGCUCUCACCAAGAUGCUCGCCGUCUACCUGCCGGACACGCAGAUCGUGGCGACGGAUAACGGCAUGCCUGGGGACGUCGUCUCGCAAGGGGCCUUUGCGCAGCGUUUCGAGAGCGAGGCCACCCAAGCACAAUAUGACUGGGUCAUCCUACUGGGAGGCACAAACGACCUCGCAUUCAACGUGCCAACAGAAAAGAUAUUCGACUCUCUCCGGAGAGUGUACGACUCGGCCAUCGCCAAGGGGAGCAAAGUCCUCGCGCUAACGGUCCCCGAACGCUCAGCCAAGAGUGAAGAGCUUGACGCCCGCCGGCGGCAGCUCAACAACGCCAUCCUCUCUCAUCAGUCAUCAAAUUACCAUGCUUUCGACCUCAACCCCAGAAUCCCAUAUCACUCCCUCACCGAGCGGGAGCGCAAGAGAUACUGGGACGACGGGCUGCACCUAACACCAGCAGGCUACGACUGGAUGGGCACGCACAUCGCCGCGGCCCUCCGCGACUUCAUCGAGCUCGAGCGGAACCCGCAAUCCAAGAGGGCGCAGAGGGCGCGGCGCAACGUCGAGGAGGAGAUAUCCUUUGACGAGGAGGACGGGGACCCGCGCUCGCUCAGCGAGGGAUACGUAUUCGUGCGGAUGAGAGACUUGAACUAG